AUGAAGUCCAUUGCGGCCCUUUCUUCCCUGCUUCUCCUGGGAGUUGCUACGGCGCAGGAGAUCCAAUCUAAGCCCUUCAACUUGGUCAUUCAGUCCGACAAGAAGGCUCUGAAUGGUGAGAAGCUUGCGGCCUGCCACUCCGGCGCUGCGAUCGAAUCGCUCUGCCUCGCAGGCGGCUCCGGAUCCCAGUUCUAUCUGAACACCACCAAGGGCGAGACUGCUCCCAUUAAAGGAGACGGGCUUCCCGGUGCCCUUGUGUGGAAUCUCCCGAUUGCCAAUGGUGCGUAUUUGAUGUGCUUGCAGAGAGUUGCGAGACUGUCUGUUCUAACAAAGUCGACAGAGCCGACCGCAGUGUCCGAGCCGAUGAGCUUCUAUGUCGACCCGUCCACCAAUGUGGCUUUGCCCAUGUUCAUGCCCGGCUAUGACCAGCAAGAUGUUGCAUUUGAUAAGAACAACCACAUGGGUAUCUACAGCUACCUGGAUGACACCGUCACCCCUCCGACCGGCGACAAAGUCAAGGUGUUGAAGAACUGGUAUGUGUGCGAGACCUACUACACCGGCUACCAGUAUCACACAUUGAACUGGGUCCUGGGCUCUGCCUCCGCCAAGCCGCAAAACCCCAGCUGUGUCAAGGUGCAAGUCCAGCGCAAAUUCCUAUAG